GACGACCUCGACGUCAAUCGCGCGGUCCAUUUGACCCAAUCUCACGUGGCUGAGGAGGAGAAGAAAUUGGGAAAAUAGAAACAUGUCCUGUAUUCAUGUGCGUUGUGGAAUGUGUUUUUCUUUGCCCAGGAUGGAUCUCAGCACUGACAAGGGAAAUGCGAGCCCCCUCAGAGGACUAAGCCACAGCAGACGGCCGCCUUUGCUUAUCUCUACACAUCUUCUCAUCCCAAUCUCAAUAUCUGCUUGAACAGACUUGAACGAAGCGAUUACAGGCGCGCUUAUCUGCUCCCUGAUCACGGGUCCGGCCAUGACACUCCUUCGAAACUAUCGAAGGAGGGCGGGUGGAUUGUUAGACCCAUCUGUGGCUAGCUUUCGCACCAUCUCGGCCGCCUGGACGGGAGUGGAACAGACGAAUCUGCGCGCUUAUGAAAUGACUGGUUGUUAUCGGGACUUUGCGUAGGACUUCGCCGCACCCCAGCCGGUAUUCAUAACAAGCGUGAGAGAUCGUAGCUUGGUCGAAGAUAAACUUCCGCCCGCUGGUGUGCCCUUCCCACAACCCCUGCUUCCUCCCUUCUGCCUUUGAUAACGACUGGCCAUGGGGUUCAUCAGCCUCAAGAACGUGGUGAAGCGAGUCGAUAACUCGGGCGACGACAGCGAUAUCGGGACCUCGACAUGGUACAACAAAGAUCUGGUCCCCGCUCGACCAGAACUGCGGCGAUGGAAAGCGCACACCUACGUCUCAUUCUGGUGGGCGUCCUCCUUCAACCAGGCGGAAUGGGCUGCGGGCGCGUCGCUGAUUGCGGUGGGCCUCACGUUCCGGCAAAGCAUGGCCUGCGCCGUGCUCGGCGCCAUGCUCUCCGCCGUCGCGAUGGUGGUCACCGCGCGCCCGGGCGCGCUGCUGCAUGUCGGCUACCCACCGCUCUUGCGCAGCUCGUUUGGGAUGUGGGGCUCGCGUGUGUUCGUCGCCCUGCGUGGGGGCGUGGCCAUCAUCUGGUUCGGCGUGCAGAGCUAUUUCGCGAGCGAGCUGCUGGAUGUGGCGUUCAGAUGCAUAUUCGGGCACAAAUGGACCGACAUCCCGAAUCAUCUCCCGGCUAAUGCCGAGAUCACCUCCCGCGGGCUCGUUGCCUUCCUCCUGAUCUGGCUCGCACAAGGCCCUUUUAUUCUGAUCCAUCCUUCCAAGAUACACUGGCUCUGGCCUCUCAAAGCGUUAAUCAUUCCCCCGGCCAUUUUCGGCUUCUUUAUCUGGGCCGUAACGCAGGCAGGCUCGGACUGGGGAACAUUCAAUACGAAUGUGACGGCGGCACCGGCAAAGGGAGCUGCAUUGGGAUGGGCCAUCAUGAGCGGUAUGAACACGGUGAUGGGAACGCUUAGUCCGAUGAUUUUGAAUCAGCCUGACAUUGCGCGUUACGCGAGACGCCCGCGAGACGCCGGUUGGCCGCAGGGACUAUCAAUGCUUGUUAUCAAGACUCUGAUCUUCUUCCUCGCCAUGUCUACAGCCUGUGCGCUGGAAGUUCUCUACGGCAAGGCAUAUUGGAACAUGUGGGACCAGCUCAACGCAGUCCUUGACGCGCACUGGACGGCCAAAUCGCGUACUGGGUGCUUCUUCGUCGCGUUCUCCAUGUGUCUCGGCACGAUCGGCACCAAUCUGUCUGCGAAAUCGAUCCCGUUUGGCGCCGACAUGACCGGCACGUUUCCACGCCACCUGACCAUCGUGCGCGGCCAGAUUGUUGUGUGGAUUCUGGGCUUUGCGAUCGUGCCGUGGAAAUUCCUCACCAGCGCGGCCAAGUUCAUCACCUUCCUCGGCUCCUAUACGGUGCUAGUGGGUGCGAUUUUGGGCCCGAUGCUCGUCGAUUACUAUGUCGUGAGGCGUGGAAAUGUGCAUGUGCCCUCGUUAUAUGACGGCAGCCGCGGGUCCUUGUAUUGGUUCUGGGGCGGGUUCAACCUCCGCGCCAUCGCAGCAUGGUGCGUCGGAACCGGCCUUACCAUCUCUGGCAUCGCAGCCGGUUUCACGCCGGGCUCCGUCAACGCUGCCUCGGUGGAUCUGUACAGUCUCGGCUGGCUGCUGUCCGUCGUGGCAUCCGGCACCACCCACUACGUGCUAAAUCGGCUCUUCCCCGUUCCCAUUGCACCCCGCGAUCGGCCCAGCGGGGCACAGCCGUUCGAGUAUCUCGCGAAGAAAGAGGGAUUCUACGACGAGGAUCUGCCCUGGGAUGUCACUGCUGGGCCGGCCACGAUAGUCGACACACCCUCCGUUAGCGACGAGGACAGCGUGAAGAAAUUCGAAGAGGAGUCGAAAGAAGCUGGUGUCUAGAGCGCCUCAGACGAAACGGUGCAGUUGUUUUGAUCUCGCAUUUUGUAUAAUAUUUGAGCUGUACUACCUGGAGAAAUUUGGUUGAGCGCUUCUCAACCUCCUUGUGACGCCGGAUCUCACCAGUCCCGCGCUGAGGAAAUGUCAACUAGGAAUGAGUGUCUCUGCGCACUUCCGGGGAAGCUGCACUGCAGGAACCCUUGCUGGAUAGAGGAA